AUGCUUUACAGUCUGUGCAGCAAUAUAACCUCUUGUAGCGGACACAGCAUCAGUACGGCUCAGGAGUGGAUAAACCCGGUUGAGGAGCAGCGAACGCACCCGUUUACAGCUUUGAUCCACAAAAAAUCCGAGAGCAGGGCAGAGAUCCGCGAGUACAAGCUCCCUGAGUGCGAGAGGAAGAACUCGAGUGUGAGCGCGGGAAAUCUGCGCAAGCAGCGUUGUAACCAAGUGCGAGGACACAAUUUCCUCAUCAUGAUGAAGCUGAUCCUGUCUCUCACUCUCAUCUGGACUCUCUCCAGCACAGUAACUGUGCAUGGGCAUCUCCAUCAGACCACCGGCAGGUCCUGUGUGACCCCCCCUCCUAACAUUCAAGGAAAGCAUACAUUUUCAUACGAUCUUGGUUUUGAAACUAUGGUGGCAUCUCUUCAUAUGUGUAACACAGAUGGCUGCAACAAUCAUACCAUACCUUAUCCUGAUGUUCAGAAGAAAAACAACCUGCAGUGUUUUAUCUGUGAUGAUCGAUCUUCUGCUGAGUGUAAGAAGAAGACACUACAGUGUGAAGGAAACGAGGAUCGCUGCUUUAGUGGGACUGUGGAAUUUAACGACGGUGAAAAAGUUCAUACCUUUGGAUGUGUCUCUGGAUAUCUUUGUGAACAUUUUUCUGACUUGAAGCUCCUGCCUGAUAAUAGCAAGUUUAUUCAUCCACCAAAAUGUUGUAAAGGCAGCUUCUGUAACUCAGCCUGGUCUGUCAAACUGAAUGUGAUGACUCUGCUGUUUGGACUCACUACCCUUAUCUUCUAUUAGAACAAAGAGAAACUAACAGAAUAGCCCAACUGUAGUGUGUGUGAAUAAGC